ACAUUUCAGUGUACACCAACAAGCGAAGGUCCCAGUUCAUCAACGGCAGCCAACGUUGAGCAACCAUUUGUCCCAUUCUCGCACAAUUCAAAUGAAGAGAGUGCGGUACCUGGAAGACGGACGCCCCUAGGAACUGUAGGUUUAGGUGGAUUCUACUUUCAAGGCGUGUGUUCCCCGAACUUAGGAGCAGUUCCGGUUUCGGAUGAGAAUAGUCCCGAACCAGGAGGUAGCAACAGAUCCCAACCAUCUCGUGCACUUCCCCAUGCGCAGAACGCCCUGCAGAAUAAGGGAAAGGGUCGACAGGGCAAGGCCGUUCGGCUCAACAUCAACGCCAGAGAGAGAAGACGAAUGCACGAUUUGAACGACGCGUUAGACGAAUUGAGGAGCGUUAUUCCGUACGCGCAUUCGCCAUCUGUGAGAAAAUUGUCAAAAAUAGCAACGCUGUUAUUGGCCAAAAACUACAUACUGAUGCAAGCAAACGCUUUAGACGAACUGAGACGUCUGGUGGCUUAUCUUCAGGGAACGGCGGCAACGGCCGGAAUCGUUCCUCCUCCCGGCUUUGAUUUGGACGGUUUUCCCGCCGCCGCCAAGUUUUUACAGCAACAUCACAAUUUAACCUCGGAAGGUGCUAGCAAUAACGACGGCGGCAACACUGGAAAUUCUGGAACUCCCUUAUGAAAUAAAAGCUUGAUCACUUCCAGAUUUUAAAGCAAUUCCAGAAUUCGGCAGUCCGUUUGACUUGGAGCGUAAGAACCUGGAUUGUUAGUAAUAUAUACUAGUCACAUUUGUAACAAUUCUAGUCAAAAGCUGUCCAUAAGUUAAGAGCGUCUUUUAAUAUGACAGUACCUACAUGCGUAGCAAUAAUUAGUAUAGCAAAUAAGCAAUUAAUUGUCCCUGUAAGUGUCUUUACAAAGUUUUUAGUCGAAAUACUGUAGACUUACAUGUAAGACUGUGCAAUUUCAAUUCUAAAUAUUGAAUUGCCACAGCAUGUGCCUGAAAGCAUUCAAUUUCCAGCAAGAUAUAUGUUUUUUGUAAGUGUGUAUUUUUUGUAAUUUAGUGAAGCUUCUAUAAUUUUUAUUCUAAUUAAAUGGGUUCACUAACUUUGCAGAAAAAUUUAAAUUUGAUAGCAGUUACAUGUAUAUUGGGCUGCCAACCUCAGAAAUUUGAUUUCACGGUUGUAUUUUGUCCCUAUACCUAAUAUGUGUUUCAGAAUGGAAACGGGUUAAAGGUGGAGUGGAGGUGGAUUUUUAAGAUCUUGAUAUUGAUAUUAAUGAAAAACUUUUUUGGGCAUAUGCUGUAAAUCGAACGAGUGUGAUUUUAAUAAAUUUAUCU